AUGUCUCCCUUGGAGGAAUGGGUAAAGCGGAGUAGAAUAGAGGGGAAAUAAACUAGCUGUGUGUGAUAUAACCUUUUCAUUUGAGCUCAACUAAGCAGUUAUUGUGUCAGGAUCUCAUUUCAUGGACAUUUUAUGACGAUAACUAUAUAUAUAUAUAUAUAUAUAUAUGUAUGUGUGUAUAUGUGUGUCAAACUUCAGAUACUUAUCUGUACCGCCUUCAUUGUCAUAUGAAUGACAACACAGAAUGCGCCUCUGAAGUUACCCUCGUGUCCAUUUGUUGUUUGUUAGGAGGGACGCAGUGAAGGUUUGGUGUUUCUGGGAGGGAGAUGGACAUUCCAUUCCACCUUGAGCCACCACACUGGUCUCUUCUAAAAUCUCUUCCUUGCCCCAUCUCCCAUUCCCUUCACCUGUCCAUCUUCAUGAGAAGUGAUCUUAUGUGUUUGGAGUGAUUGUGCCAAUUUGCAGAUGAGGCCAUGAUUGAUGGUUCCAUGGAUAGGCCUAGCAGCCAUGGCAGGUGUAUACCUCACUCACACACUGAUUAGCACCUAGAUACAAACAUGCUUAUUACCCUUAUGUGGAAUGUAUCGCCUGUUAAGGAAGUACUUAACCUAACAUAGCGGGCGUAAAAUGAAUGCCUGAAACUAGAUCCCCUACAUACUGGUCUUGGGGGGAAAAAGCUGUCGCGUCAUAUGCUUUUUAAAAAAUUUCCCCUGAAAACCGGAGGCUAGGAAGUACUAGUGGUGUAACACAUAAUAGGGUAGUUAUUGCAUUGGAUGGAUCUGAGAUACAUGGUUGUAAUUGCAGUGGAUGGAUCUGAGAUACAGGGUUGUUAUUGCAUUGGAUGGAUCUGAGAUACAGGGUCGUUAUUGGAUGGACCUGAGAUACAGGGUCGUUAUUCGAUGGAUCUAAGAUACAGGGUCGUUAUUGGAUGGAUCUGAGAUACAGGGUCAUUAUUGGAUGGAUCUGAGAUACAGGGUCGUUUUUGCAAUGGAUGGAUCUGAGAUUCAGGGUUGUUAUUGCAUCGGAUGGGCAGGGUUGUUAUUGCAUUGGAUGGGCAGGGUUGUUAUUGCAUUGGAUGGGCAGGGUUGUUAUUGUAUUUGACGGAUCUGAGAUACAGGGUCGUUAUUGCAUUGGACGGAUCUAAGAUACAGGGUUGUUAUUGCAUUGGAUGGAUCUGAGAUACAGGGUUGUUAUUGCAUUGGAUGGAUUUGAGAUACAGGGUUGUUAUUGCAUUGAAUGGAUCUAAGAUACAUUGUAGCCUUUGCAGAUAUUAAUACAAGCUGCAUUUGGCCACAAGUGAAGUAGUUACAGAACAGGUUGUAAGUAGCCCUAAGGAAGUCAUCCGACAGCUUUGAGAGAGGCCCAUUUCAACGGUUUUUAUUUGGUCUUUAGCAAAUACUCUCGAGGCCUCCAUAAUUAGUCACGUAACACAGUGUGUUGUGUGUGUGAACUGGAAUGGCCUGACUGUCCCACUCACCUCACUACUAUAGAAUAGUCUGACAGAUUUUUUGGGCAAAUGGGUACGAAGGCACCUACAGUGGGGAGAGCAAGUAUUUGAUACACUGCUGAUUUUGCAGGUUUUCCUACUUACAAAGCAUGUAGAGGUCUGUAAUUUUUAUCAUAGGUAUACUUCAACUGUGAGAGAUGGAAUCUAAAACAAAAAUCCAGAAAAUCACAUUGUAUGAUUUUUAAGUAAUUAAUUUGCAUUUUAUUGCAUGACAUACGUAUUUGAUACAUCAGAAAAGCAGAACUUAAUAUUUGGUACAGAAACCUUUGUUUGCAAUUACAGAGAUCAUACGUUUCCUGUAGGUCUUGACCAGGUUUGCACACACUGCAGCAAGGAUUUUGGCCCACUCCUCCAUACAGACCUUCUCCAGAUCCUUCAGGUUUCGGGGCUGUCGCUGGGCAAUACGGACUUUCAGCUCCCUCCAAAGAUUUUCUAUUGGGUUCAGGUCUGGAGACUGGCUAGGCCACUCCAGGACCUUGAGAUGCUUCUUACGGAGCCACUCCUUAGUUGCCCUAGCUGUGUGUUUCGGGUUGUUGUCAUGUUGGAAGACCCAGCCACGACCCAUCUUCAAUGCUCUUACUGAGGGAAGGAGGUUGUUGGCCAAGAUCUCGCGAUACAUGGCCCCAUCCAUCCUCCCCUCAAUACGGUGCAGUCGUCCUGUCCCCUUUGCAGAAAAGCAUCCCCAAAGAAUGAUGUUUCCACCUCCAUGCUUCACGGUUGGGAUGGUGUUCUUGGGGUUGUACUCAUCCUUCUUCUUCCUCCAAACACGGCGAGUGGAGUUUAGACCAAAAAGCUCUAUUUUUGUCUCAUCAGACCACAUGACCUUCUCCCAUUCAUCCUCUGGAUCAUCCAGAUGGUCAUUGGCAAACUUCAGACGGGCCUGGACAUGCGCUGGCUUGAGCAGGGGGACCUUGCGUGUGCUGCAGGAUUUUAAUCCAUGACGGCGUAGUGUGUUACUAAUGGUUUUCUUUGAGACUGUGGUCCCAGCUCUCUUCAGGUCAUUGACCAGGUCCUGCCGUGUAGUUCUGGGCUGAUCCCUCACCUUCCUCAUGAUCAUUGAUGCCCCACGUGGUGAGAUCUUGCAUGGAGCCCCAGACCGAGGGUGAUUGACCGUCAUCUUGAACUUCUUCAAUUUUCUAAUAAUUGCGCCAACAGUUGUUGCCUUCUCACCAAGCUGCUUGCCUAUUGUCCUGUAGCCCAUCCCAGCCUUGUGCAAGUCUACAAUUUUAUCCCUGAUGUCCUUACACAGCUCUCUGGUCUUGGCCAUUGUGGAGAGGUUGGAGUCUGUUUGAUUGAGUGUGUGGACAGGUGUCUUUUAUACAGGUAACGAGUUCAAACAGGUGCAGUUAAUACAGGUAAUGAGUGGAGAACAGGAGGGCUUCUUAAAGAAAAACUAACAGGUCUGUGAGAGCCGGAAUUGUAACUGGUUGGUAGGUGAUCAAAUACUUAUGUCAUGCAAUAAAAUGCAAAUUAAUUACUUAAAAAUCAUACAAUGUGAUUUUCUGGAUUUUUGGGAAAACCUGCAAAAUCGGCAGUGUAUCAAAUACUUGUUCUCCCCACUGUACUAGGCAAGGCCUAGUCACCCUCAAACCCCUGUCAUUAAAUAUCCCUGGGAGAAAUGAGGGCGUGGGUGUCUGAGUGUGCAGACUCAGACCCUUAUUAUGAGGCCAUCUGCUAUGUUAUAGGGGCCUGUUUUGGAAAUAGGAGGUCAGUCUGUUGGUGUGUUGUUCACACAGCUGUGAGUGAUUGUGGGGUGAGUUGUUCUCCUGGCUCUGGUGUGCUUCGGAAUCCUGGCAAUGCUGCAGUAGUGCCCAAACCGGAUUCCUGGGUUGUUAUUAAGCCAGGAGAACAGACUCGGUCAACAGCCUGCCGGUAAACACACACUCACUUCCUCACAUGAGAGUAGUAGUAUUAUUAUUAUUAUUAUUAUUAUUAUUAUUAUUAUUUUAAUUUUUUUGGGGGGGCGGCAGGUAGCUUAGUGGUUAAGAGCGUUGUGCCAGUAACCGAAAGGUCGCUGGUUCUAAUCCCUGAGCCUACUAGAUGAAAAAUCUGUCGAUGUGCCCUUGAGCAAGGCACUUAACCCUAAUUGCUCCUGUAAGUCGCUCUGGAUACUAGCUGUGCCACUAGAGAUCCUGGUUCGAAACAAGGCUCUGUCGUAGCCGGCCGCGACCGGGAUACCCAUGGGGCGGCGCACAAUUGGCCCAGCGUCGUCCAGGGUAGGGGAGGGAAUGGCCAGCAGGGAUGUAGCUCAGUUGGUAGAGCAUGGCGUUUGCAACGCCAGGGUUGUGGGUUCGAUUCCCACGGGGGGCCAGUAUGAAAAAGAUUAUGUAGGCACUCACUAACUGUAAGUCGCUCUGGAUAAGAGCGUCUGCUAAAUGACUAAAAUGUAAAUGUAAAUGGCUAAGAGCGUCUAAAAACAAUAAUACUUUUAAUUGAUUAUCUAAUGGGUUAUUCCACUAAUUUGGUGCCUUUUCAAAUCAAAUCAAAUUUUAUUUGUCACAUACACGUGUUUAGCAGAUACUAUUGCGGGUGUAGCGAAAUGCUUGUACUUUGGAAGCAGUGGGUGGUGUGCGCGCCUCCUAAGUCGAACCAGCAGGCCGCUCCGAGUGCCUCUCCUCCACCGGCGAUGUUUUGGGUCAGCCGCUGGAUUCAGUUCAAUUGCCCUGGGAAGAGCAAACAAAGGAUCUGCUUCGGUAAAGUCGUAUUCCUGGUCGUAAUGCUGGUGAGUUACCACCGCUCUGAUAUCCAAUAGUUUUUCCCAGCUGUAUGUAAUGAUACAAAACACUUUCUGAGCUAAUAAGGUAAAAAAGAAUACAUAAAAAAAACAAAAUACCGCAAAGUUUCCUGAGAGCUAGUCGCGAGGCCGCCAUCUUCGUCGGCACGUGUAAAGAAAAAAAAUAAACGGUAAUUAAGAGCUUCAACUUCAUGAACACAUUUUCCUUCUCAAGAGGUUAAAUAAAACAAUGACUAGGUGCCAAAUAAAGUAACAGGGUUGAAGAUUUCUUCUAAAAUCAGCCAUGAAUCCCCUUGUGACAGGGGGAAUGGAAGCGUGUUGUGUGCAACAGGGAGUGGCAAUUGAAUGCAAGCUUCACCAAAAAAUUGAAAUUGUUAAAUGUCUAGCCUGUCGAUCUAUGGGUAACAGGUUCAAAUCAAAUUUUUGUUGUCACAUGCGCAGAAUACAACCUUACUGUGAAACGCUUACUUACAAGCCCUUAACCAACAAUGCAGUUUUAAGAAAGAAUACCCUAAAAAAUAAGAAAUCAAAGUAACAAAUAAUUAAAGAGCAGCAGUAAAAUAACAAUAGCGAGGCUAUAUACAGGGGGUAUCGGCACAGAGUCAAUAUGCGGGGGCACCGGUCAGUCAAGGUAAUUGAGGAGGUGGGGUGGGGUGGUGUGGGGGCAAUGCAAAUAGUCUGGGUAGCCAUUUGAUUAGAUGUUCAGGAGUCUUAUGGCUUGGGGGUAGAAGCUGUUUAGAAGCCUCUUGGACCUAGACUUGGCGCUCCAGUACUGCUUGCCAUGCAGUAGCAGAGAGAACAGUCUAUGACUAGGGUUGCUGGAGUCUUUGACAAUUUUUAGGGCCUUCCUCUGACACCGCCUGGUAUAGAGGUCCUGGAUGGCAGGAAGCUUGGCCCCAGUGAUGUACUGGGCCGUACGCACUACCCUCUGUAGUGCCUUGCGGUCGGAGGCCAAGCAGUUGCCAUACCAGGCAGUGAUGCAACCAGUCAGGAUGCUCUCGUUGGUGCAGCUGUAGAACCUUUUGAGGAUCUGAGGACCCAUGCCAAAUCUUUUCAGUCUCCUGAGGGGGAAUAGGUUUUGUCGUGCCCUCUUCACGACUGUCUUGGAGUGCUUGGACCAUGUUAGUUUGUUGGUGAUAUGGACACCAAGGAACUUGAAGCUCUCAACCUGCUCCACUACAGCCCUGUUGAUGAGAAUGGGGGCGUGCUCAGUCUUCUUAUUUUUCCUGUAGUCCACAAUCAUCUCCUUUGUCUUGAUCACGUUGAGGGAGAGGAGGUUGUCCUGGCACCACACGGCCAGGUCUCUGACCUCCUCCCUAUAGGCUGCCUCGUCGUUGUCGGUGAUCAGGCCUACCACUGUUGUGUCAUCGGCAAACUUAAUGAGGGUGUUGGAGUCGUGCCUGGCCAUGCAGUCAUGAGUGAACAGGGAGUACAGGAGGGAGCUGAGCACGCACCCCUGAGGGGCCCCCGUGUUGAGGAUCAGCGUGGCGGAUGUGUUGUUAUCUACCCUUACCACCUAGGGGCGGCCCGUCAGGAAGUCCAGGAUCCAGUUGCAGAGGGAGGUGUUUAGUCCUUGGGUCCUUAGCUUGAUGAUGAGCUUUGAGGGCACUAUGGUGUUGAACGCUGAGCUAUAGUCAAUGAAUAUCAUUCUCACAUAGGUGUUCCUUUUGUCCAGGUGUGAAAGGGCAAUGUGGAGUGCAAUAGAGAUUGCAUCAUCUGUGGUUCUGUUGGGGCGGUAUGCAAAUUGGAGUGGGUCUAGGGUUUCUUGGAUAAUGGUGUUGAUGUGAGCCAUGACCAGCCUUUCAAAGCACUUCAUGGCUACAGACGUGAGUGCUACGGGUCGGUAGUCAUUUAGGCAGAUUACCUUAGUGUUUUUGGUCACAGGGACUAUGGUGGUCUGCUUGAAACAUGUUGGUAUUACAGACAGACAGGGAGAGGUUGAAAAUGUCAGUGAAGACACUUGCCAGUUGGUCAGCGCAUGCUCGGCGUACACGUCCUGGUAAUCCAUCUGGCCGUGCGGCCUUGUGAAUGUUGACCUGUUUAAAGGUCUUACUCACAUUGGCUACGGAGAGCAUGAUCACACAGUCGUCCGGAACAGCUGAUGCUCUCGUGCAUGUUUCAGUGUUACUUGCCUCGAAGCGAGCAUAGAAGUAAUUUAGCUCGUCUGGUAGGCUCGUGUCACUGGGCAGCUCGCGGCUGUGCUUCCCGUUGUAGUCUGUAAUAGUUUGCAAGCCCUGCCACAUCCGACGAGCGUCGGAGCCGGUGUAGUACGAUUCGAUCUUAGUCCUGUAUUGACGCUUUGCCUGUUUGAUGGUUCGUCAGAGGGCAUAGCAGGAUUUCUUACAAGCUUCCGGGUUAGAGUCCCGCUCCUUGAAAGCGGCAGCUCUACCCUUUAGCUCAGUGCGGAUGUUGCCUGUAAUCCAUGGCUUCUGGUUGGGGUAUAUACGUACAGUCAUUGUGGGGACGACAUCAUCGAUGCACUUAUUGAUGAAGCCAGUGACUGAUGUGGUGUACUCCUCAAUGCCAUCGGAAGAAUCCCGGAACAUAUUCCAGUCUGUGCUAGCAAAACAGUCCUGUAGCUUAGCAUCUGCUUCAUCUGACCACUUCUUUAUAGACCUAGUCACUGGUGCUUCCUGCUUUAGCAGGAAUCAGGAGGAUAUAAUUAUGGUCAGAUUUGCCAAAUGGAGGGCGAGGGAGAGCUUUGUACGCGUCUGUGUGUGGAGGAAAGAUGGUCUAGAGUUUUUUUCCAUCUGGUUGCACGUUUAACAUGCUGGUAGGAAUUAGGUAAAACGGAUUUAAGUUUCCCUGCAUUAAAGUCCCCGGCCACUAGGAGCGCCACCUCUGGAUGAGCGUUUUCCUGUUUGCUUAUGGCCGAAUACAGCUCAUUGAGUGCAGUCUUAGUGCCAGCAUCGGUUUGUGGUGGUAAAUAGACAGCUACGAUAAAUAUAGAUGAAAACUCUCUUGGUAGAUAGUGUAGUCUACAGCUUAUCAUGAGAUACUCUACCUCAGGCGAGCAAAACCUUGAGACUUCCUUAGAUAUUGUGCACCAGCUGUUGUUUACAAAUAUACAUAGACCGCCACCCCUUGUCUUACCAGAGGCUGCUGUUCUAUCCUGCCGAUACAGUGUAUAACCCGCCAGCUGUAUGUUAUUCAUGUCGUCGUUCAGCCACGAUUCGGUGAAACAUAAGAUAUUACAGUUUUUAAUGUCCGGUUGGUAGGAUAUACGUCCACUUUAUUAUCCAGCGAUUGUACGUUGGCCAAUAGUACCGAUGGCAAAGGCAGAUUAGCCACUCGUCGCCGGCUCCUUAUCAGGCACCCCAAUCUCCUUCUGCGAUAUCUCCAUCUCUUUCUCCUGCGAAUGACGGGGAUGAGGGCCCUGUCGGGUGUCUGGAGCAAGUCCCUCUCGUCCGACUCAUUAAAGUCAACGUGUUAUGUUUUACCCGCUCAGUUUUCCACCAGAAAGAGUAGAACCAUCUGACCUGGUUUUACUCUAUGAUUUGGCUAUUCAUCGUUUUUUUCAAAUGUUUCUCAAAAAAAGUAAAUUAUAAUAAGGAAUAGUUUCAACAUAUUGAAAUGAAAGUUCAGUUCAUGUAACAGGGUUGGCUUUAAAAUGAGGGACAGACGUAAAAUGAAUCACUAAUCACAUGAAAUAAAAUAAAAAUCUUCAGAAAUGACUUUGUCAAAGCAACAAAAUAACUAGGGCUUUACAGGAACCAGGUUUCCUUCCAACUUUUUUAUGUGAGUAAAAUACAUGUCAGAUAAGGCCUGAUGGAAACAGCAAAUUUGUUGGUAAACUUUCCAAAUGUUGACAAAACUAAAUACGCUAGACAAGGUGGGAUCUUUUUGUUUGUAAAAUGAAUUAUGCGAGAAAUGACGGUGACAACGCCUUUUAUUAGUAAAUAUUGAUAUAAUAAGCAUAUGUUGUGUGGUCCUCCCAUGCGGUUUUAUUAAGCUACAGAUGAAAUGUUAUGAACUUCACAGCGUGGUGAAAGUGCACAGUGAUUAGCUUGAUGCUGUUUUCCAUUAAAUAUUGAGGGUCUUCUUCUGGUGACAUGAUGAUCGAUGCUUGGCUGCCGUUUGACAAAUGAAUAUAAUCUCGCUCUUUUGUCCAUAAUAAUCUCAUCAUGCAGUCUAGGUAGCCAGCCUACCUGCAGUGUAUCUGCCAUUGGUUAGAGCGCACGUGCAAAGACCUGAGUGGGCACAUUCGCUAUACCUACAAUGCAAAAUGUGUAUGUGACAAAACGUGAUGAAAACCCAUUUAACUUGUAUUUUUUAUUCGGUACAUGGGAAUUGAACCGCAAAACUGAUAUUUAUGUGCACUAUGUCGUCAUGCGCAGCGUUUUAUCCGCAACAAGUCAAUUUGAUGGAAACUGGUGGGAAAAUGAGCAUAUUUUCAAUAUUGGUGCACAAUUUCUACUUCAAAUAUCAAAGGGACGCAAAAGGCACUCAUUUUGUGGAACGACCCAUAAUAUCACAUUUCAACACCUACGACAACCAGUACCAAUACAUCAUUGCUUAAUCUUGUCACUGAACCCAAUCUAUUUCAUACUAUUUAUAAUAUCGUAUGGGGAAAUAUUUUGUUGGCUCUUGGCAACAUUUGUUGAUCAUCUUGCUACUCAGGCUUUAAAAUCAGUGCCUUUUCAUUGCUACAUCUUGAACCGCCGAUGGAAUACUGCUACAUUAAUGCACAGAGAGGAAAAACUGAGAAGCCGCUGGUCUUAGUCCUAUGAACACGCACACCAGAGAGACGUGUUGACAACAUGAACAAACACGCCACAAAUAUAUUCCCACUCCCAGGCAGGCCCACCUCUAGUCAUGUUAUGUUACGUCAUGUAGCAUAAUGAGAACUACAGCUGUCAGUAGCUGUAGUAUGAGCACUGGGCAUGCUAUGUUAUCUAAUGACGUGUGACUGACUAUGGUAACUAGUGAUUGGGGAGGGGGAAUCGCUACAUUUACAUAUCACAAUAUUAUUUUAGACGAUAUUAUAUCGAUGCGUUGACUCCAAGUAUAGUUUUCUUUUUUUGCUAGGUAGCGUUAGCUAGCACUAGUCAGCUGUACCUGCACCAAAACUCAGGUAUUUCUCAUCCUAUAGCUUGUUCUCGUUCUUCUUUUUUAAAUAGUGAGCCAACAUGUUUUCAGCACAUUUAUUUCCAUGACUGAUCAAAACUCAUUUUCUCAUGCUCUCUCUUGUCUCUGCAGCUGACAUAUAGUGAGCAAUAUGUUGGAACAUCAAAUCUUGGGCUUUCCCUGACUAAAAAAAAUCUUGGUAAACCGAAAGUCGUCUGUUCUUUCGACCAAUGAUUGGUCAAUUUUUAAACAUGUAUUUUUCCAUAUAGUCACACCCUAUGUGUUUUAAUAAAAUCAACUAUAUGCAUUGAGCUUGUCUAAUGCUUUAAGCUUACUGUUUGAUGAAAUAAGACACAAAUGACUCAAGAAGGAGCCAGAGAUCUAGAUAACCAGAAUAAAAAAACCUUAACCUUACCCAACCAUUCUCCUCCCUCUCCUGCUGGCUUUCACAGAUUCUGCCAUUACUCUCCUGAAGUUGCCGGUAAUAGGCUACACAAGGAGUCGGCAACCUUUCUCAUGUGGAACGCCAGUUUAUCUUACCAUUUCUACCGAUCUACGUGCCAGUUAUGGUUUUCAUAUGCACAUUUUCGUGGAACAGUUUCAUUUAUAAUAACGUCUUCAUAACUCAAAAUCAUUGUCAUGUCGUUAAUCAAAGUUCUAUCCAAAUCUAAAUAAAAAUGAUACAAACCUAAAAUGUAACUUCCGUUGCCAACUAUGUAAAAAUAGCCUACAUAAAGCCAACAAAUAAAAACAUUGCAGCCUGCAGGUAGAAAAUAUCCUGAUUUUGAAAUAAAUAUCCUAUAAAUCAUAUUGGCUACGCUUGGCCUGUCUGCAAUGAACUUGAAACAUCGCAUCAACUAUUAACUUGGGUCCGGCCUGAAGCUUGCAUUAGCGAACUUGCAACAUUGUAUAAAAUAUUCUGGGCCCUCAGAGUUUCCCGAGCUCGGGACAGACACAGCUGUAGGCUAUUUGCGCAAGGGAUAAGAAGCAGUGCUUGACUUGGGCAGGAGCUCACCGGAGCUGAGUACCGACACCUCACAUUUUCUGCUGCUUGAGCUCCUGUACCUCUUAUAGAAUAUUAGCUCAAAAGUAUUGUGGAGCUCCUGCAUCUAAAUAUAAACAGUACCAGCACCCAAAAUGAGUAGCGGAACCUAUUUCAGGCCAAGUCAAGCACUGAUAAGAAGUAAUCAGGUAGACCUUUUUUAUGAUGUUUCCACUGGAUCAGAGAAUGACAUUUUUCCCUUUCACACGGAGUGGUUAUCGAAAGGGAGAGAGCUGGAAAGAUUUUUCAAAUAUAUUGAGGAACUAUUGUCAUUCUCAAUUAUCUAAAAACAGACUUUGUUUCCUUGCUGUUUGAGAUGAAGAAAACAUUACUUUGAGAAGCUCCACAGGUCAUUAGUGGUGGUGCGUUAAGCCACUCAGAAGUCCACUCCGACAAUGAGAACGGUAAAAGGAAGAAUAAAAUAUUGAAGGAAUUAACAGAAAUUACCGUAACCAAACAAACAUUGUAGAUUCGAAAUUAUAGGAAUUAACGGUAAAUGUACUACUGGUGAUAUACUGUAUGUAAUGGGGAAUUGAUAGACACUAACAAUCAAACGCAAACAAUUCACACAAUGAAGUUAUGAAACAAUGAAUGUGCACAAAUUGGCGGGAGAGAAGUGCAUUCUGGGCGCUGUAUGGUCAAUCCGACGUCUGCGUUGGCCAUGCAGCAUUUAUGGUGAUACGGCCUCUGCAGAAGUCAGGGCAUUCAUACUUCUUGCGCUUCACGUGGGAGCAGUGCUGAGCUGUUGUGAAGGAAGUUUUCAAGGAAAUUAGUUCGUGUUUAUACAGGAUGUACCGCCCCCACCUACCGUCAACCAAUCAUGUCAAUGCGGAGCUAUACAGAGCCCUCCACAUUGUUACAACAUUUGGAAGGCACGUGGCGAUGCGGUACGGAGCUCGAUUUGGCCUCUGCAUGCCUCCGGAGGCGCCGCAAUUGCGUCAAUCCCUCCAUAUGGACCCACUGGCAACAUUUUCGGAUCAAGCAUAAAUUGGCUUUUAGUCUAGGCCUCCGCAAUGGAUUAGUUCACUGAGAUGGGCGCAAAUAAAUAUAUAUACAGCUCUGGAAAAAAUUAAGAGACCACUGCAAAUCUUAUUUAACAAGGAAAAGCAAUAGGACCAGCUGGAUGGCAAAAACAGUGCUAAUAGUACUUCAAAAGUAAUAUUAAUCAGAAAAUAACUAUUGACCAUGCCAGAAGAGGAAAGUUUUGAGUGAGGAAAAGAAGGGUUCAAUUCUGGCUUUACUGGCAGAGCGAUACAGGGAGCGUCUGGUUGCUUCCAUCCUUAAAAUUUCAAAGACGGCGGUUCAUAAGAACAAGGUCAAGCAGCAGACAUUGGGGACAACAAAGCUACAGACCGGCAGAGGGCAAAAACGACUCUCUACUGACCGGGAUGACCGCCAACUCAUUCAAAUGUCACUCAACAACCGUAGGAUGACAUCAAGUGACCUACAAAAAGAAUGGCAAAUAGCAGCUGGGGUGAAGUGCACGGCCAGGACGGUUCGAAACAGGCUCCUAGGGGCAGGGCUGAAGCCGUGCAAAGCUAGAAAAAAGCCCUUCAUCAAUGAGAAGCAAAUAAAAGCCAGGCUGAGGUUUGCAAAAGACCAUAAGGAUUGGACCGUAGAGGACUGGAGUAAGGUCAUCUUCUCUGAUGAGUCCAAUUUUCAGCUUUGCCCAACACCUGGUCGUCUAAUGGUUAGACAGAGACCUGGAGAGGCCUACAAGCCACAGUGUCUCGCACCCACUGUGACAUUUGGUGGAGGAUCGGUGAUGAUCUGGGGGUGCUUCAGCAAGGGUGGAAUCGGGCAGAUUUUUCUUUGUGAAGGACGCAUGAAUUAAGCCACGUACAAGGUUGUCCUGGAAGAAAACUUGCUUCCUUUUGCUCUGACAUUGUUCCCCAACGCUGAGGAUUGGUUUUUCCAGCAGGACAAUGCGCCAUGCCACACAGCCAGGUCAAUCAAGGUGUGGAUGGAGGACCACCAGAUCAAGACCCUGUCAUGGCCAGCCCAAUCUCCAGACCUGAACCCCAUUGAAAACUUCUGGAAUGUGAUCAAGAGGAAGAUGGAUGGUCGAUGGUCACAAGCCAUCAAACAAAUUCGAGCUGCAAUAAUUUUUGCGCCAGGAGUGGCAUAAAGUCACCCAACAUCAAUGUGAAAGACUGGUGGAGAGCAUGCCAAGACGCAUGAUAGCUGUGAUUGAAAAUCAGGGUUAUUCCACCAAAUAUUGAUUUCUGAACUCUUCUUAAGUUAAAACAUUAGUGUUACUUAUUUUCUUUGCAUUAUUCGAGGUCUGACAACACUGCAUAUUUUUUGUUAUUUGGCCAGUUGUCAUUUUCUGCAAAUAAAUGCUCUAAAUGACAAUAUUUUUAUUUGGAAUUUGGGAGAAAUGUUGUCAGUAGUUUAUAGAAUAAAACAAAAAUGUUAAUUUCACCCAAACACAUACCUAUAAAUAGUAAAACCAGAGAAACUUAUAUUUUUGCAGUGGUCUCUUAAUUUUUUCCAGAGCUAUGUAUGUAUGAAAUGUAUGUAUGAAAUGUAUGUAUGUAUGUAUGUAUGUAUGUAUGUAUGUAUGUAUGUAUGUAUGUAUGUAUGUAUGUAUGUAUGUAUGUAUGUAUGUAUGUAUGUAUGUAUGUAUGUAUGUAUGUAUGUAUGUAUGUACGACUCGAAAUUGAGAUGAGGUGCAUCCUGUUUCCAUUGAUCAUCCUUGAGAUGUUUCUAGAAUUUCAUUGAAGGAGGUCGAAGGAAUUGUCCGUAGAGCUCCGAGACAGGAUUGUGUCUAGGCACAGAUCUGUGGAAGGGUACCAAAAAAGUUCAGCAGCAUUGAAGGUCCCCAAGAACACAGUGGCCUCCAUCAUUCUUAAAUGGAAGAAGUUUGGAACCACCAAGACUCUUCCUAGAGCUGGCCGCCUGGCCAAACUGAGCAAUCGGGGGAGAAGGGCCUUAGUCAGGGAGGUGACCAAGAACCCGAUGGUCACUCUGACAGAGCUCCAGAGUUCCUUUGUGGAGAUGGGAGAAGGACAACCAUCUCUUCAGCACUCCACCAAUCAGGCCUUUAUGGUAGAGUGGCCAGACGGAAGCCACUCUGUAGUAAAAGGCACAUGACAGCCCGCUUGGUGUUUGCCAAAAGGCACUUAAAGACUCUGACCAUGAGCAACAACAUUCUCUGGUCUGAUGAAACCAAGAUUGAACUCAUUGGCCUGAAUGCCAAGCGUCACGUUUUGAGGAAACCUGGCACCAUCCCUGGAUUUGUUUUUUUUAAUCAAUUUUAGAAUAAGGCUGUAACGUAACAAAAUGUGGAAAAAGUCAAGGGGUCUGAAUACUUUCCGAAUGCACUGUAUUAGCCUUGGAGACAGCUGCACUAAGUCACAUGGUGAACGAAUAGGCUCUACAAUGAGUCUGUUUGAUUUUGAUGACCUGCCAAUCAACCCAAUGCUUCUGGUGCUUGUUUGUGUGCGCGUGCGUGUCUCUAUCUGUGAAAAAGUGUUCCUGUCUGUCUGCGACUGCGUUUUGUAACUGUUUUAAUGUGUAAAACGUGUGCUUAUUUAUGUAGUGUAUAGAGAAGGAAACGGUCUGUGGUUAGGUCUUCUCUGCUGAUACAGGGCUAACCAGAGUAAGCUGCUACAGAGGAAGUGAGACUGAAUGACCUCAAGACUUUUACUGCCAGGAGUAGCCUAGUCAUGUCCUUUAAUGAACCAGCACAGACUAGAGGAAAGUACACGUUCUCCAUCAUGAGGUCCAUGCAACAUUUCAUUUCUAUAUGCUACUGUUCUGUCUGAAUUAGGACGGCUUUGUUGUGAUGGAAAAGUCAUGUCCCGUGCAGAAUGGAUGUAAAAGACUUGUAUUGAACGUAUUAUUCUCCUCCCUCUCCUUCUGCCUGGUCCUUUUGUAGAUGGUCAGUGAGAAGGUGGGAGGUGCAGAAGGAACCAAGCUGGAUGAAGACUUCAAAGAUCUGGAGAAGGUAAGUGCUCUCUCCCAAACUAACAAAAAUACAUUCCUAUUAACCUAUGAUUGGAUUCCUAUUGAUCUGUUUUGUCAGAGUAGAUUGUACAUUCACUGUCUCUCCCUCUUCCCCUCCCCACAGAGGGCAGAUGUGACCAGUAAAGCGGUUGUGGAUGUCAUCUCUAAAACGUCUGAGUACCUGCAGCCCAACCCAGCUUCCAGAGCCAAGCUGACCAUGCUGAACACGGUGUCUAAGAUGCGGGGCCAGGUGAAGAGCCCUGGCUAUCCCCAGGCUGAGGGGCUGCUGGGAGAGAGCAUGGCCAAGUUCGGACGAGAGAUGGGAGAGGACACCAACUUUGGUAAGAAAGAGAUUGAUUUCAUAAACUACCAUAAAAGUUUGUGUCCUAGCCUUUGGCUCUCAAAAUACUGAAUUCCAGGUGCGUUUGUGUGUGAAGUAGGGACCACGUACUCAACAGAAGAACCUUGUCCUUUGUUGUGGCCGGUGAGGGGAUACCCACUCUCAUGUAACUGUUUGUCCUGUAGGUGGCGCCCUGGUGGACGUGGGCGAGUCCAUGAAGAGGCUGGCUGAGGUCAAAGACUCCCUGGACAUCGAUGUCAAACAGAACUUUAUCGAUCCAUUGCAGGCCGUCGUCGACAAGGACAUCAAAGACAUCCAGGUAGAGACCUAGAAUGAGAUGAAUGAGGGAUUCUCAACUCUCCCCCAACGUUACACAUUUUUGUUCUAACCCUGCACAAUAAACUAAUGGAGGGCUCUCUCCUCCCUCCUCAGCACCAUCUGAAGAAGCUGGAGGGCAGGCGUCUGGACUACGACUAUAAGAAGAAACGCCAGGGGAGGAUCCCAGACGAGGAGCUGAGGUCAGCCCUGGAGAAGUUCCACGAGUCCAAAGAGAUGGCCGAGAGCUCCAUGCACAACCUGCUGGAAACUGACGUGAGCCAUACCUCAGGGGUCAAGGGUUAGAGUUGAGGGGUCCAGGGAGUCAUGCCAGAGACGGACAGCCACAAUCAAUCAAUCUCAUUUUAUUUGUGUAGUGCUUCGUACAAAUGAAUUGGUCGCAAAGUGCUUACUUUAACAGCAACAUAUGUGCCUAAACUGGUCAAAAGCAACUAGAAACAACAGUAGCAAGGAAAAUCUCUUUAGUUAGGAAGAAAGAGAGGCUAUUUUCUAUUGGUUGGCUGGGUAGAAGUUCAGAGCUAGUAUGACUGUCAUGCCAUAUGAGGCGUCAUGCUCCCAAACCAUAAAGCCCAGUAGGGGCUUCAACAUCUGUUAUCGUUGGCAUUAACACGAGCAUUGGCAUUAGCAUUAGCACUGGCGGUAGCAUUGGCAUCAACGUUGGCAUUAGCAUUGAUGAGUAUUUCAGGACCAGAAUGCAGUAAGCUUGCCACGACUCCAUAGCUAGCGAGUGGAACAGUUAUGUAAUGUCACAGUAAUGUGUAUUAGGUGACAAUUCUAGUUUUCCACUAUGACACUGCAACCUAAGAACGUGUCAAACUCGUUUGAGAUGGCCUGUCUCUGGUAAUGACCUUUUUAUUUCAUCAGGUGAGGGGACUGAGUACAACACGUGUUAGUGGCGUGUUAGUCAGAAACAAAGCAGUUUCGAGAGUCCGAAAAUUGACCUCAGGGUGGUGAGGGUGUGGGGAGAACAGAAGUGUAAAUUUACCAUAGUAAUGGCAUUUCUAGUCCAGUCCCCCUGGUAAUGGCAUUUCUAGUCCAGUCCCCCUGGUAAUGGCAUUUCUAGUCCGGUCCCCCUGGUAAUGGCAUUUCUAGUCCAGUCCCCCUGGUAAUGGCAUUUCUAGUCCGGUCCCCCUGGUAAUGGCAUUUCUAGUCCAGUCCCCCUGGUAAUGGCAUUUCUAGUCCGGUCCCCCUGGUAAUGGCAUUUCUAGUCCGGUCCCCUGUAUUGAUCAAUCUGACUGGUCUCUGUGCUUGUCUCUAGGUAGAGCAGGUGAGUCAGAUGGCUUCUCUGGUAGAUUCCCAACUGCAGUAUCACAAACAGGCUGUGCAGAUUCUGGAGGAGCUGACUGACAAACUCAGAGACAGGUGGGUCAGCUGUGUGUGUGUGUGUGUAGACUUCUACAAUUCAGUUGAAGCUGUCUGUGUUGGUUGUCAUUGUGUGUGUGUCCGUGUGUAUUUACAUGUGUGACUGAUUCAUCCCCACUGCUGUGUGUGUAUCAGGGUGAACGAGGCCCAGUCUCGCCCCAGGCGUGAGUACACUCCUAAACCCAAAGCCUCCUUUGAUUACGAAGAGCAGGAGCACUCAAAUGGAGAAUACUUCCCCCCUUCAUACUCCUCAGGUAAGACUGGCCCUUAGCUGUGUGUGUGUGUCUCUGUCACUCUCUGUGUCUCUGUGUGUGUCUCUCUCUGUGUGUCUCUCUCUCUGUGUGUGUCUCUCUCUCUCUGUGUGUCUCUCUGUCUCUGUGUGUGUCUGUGUGUCUCUCUCUGUGUCUCUGAAUGUCUCUCUCUCUGUGUCUCUGUAUGUCUCUCUGUGUGUAUCUCUCUAUUGUAGUAUUGUCUCACCAGCCCAGAACUGAUCUUUCUCUAUGUAUAAAUCCCCCCUUGUAGAUGUCUCGUCCUUCCACAGAACACCGUCCAUGAAGAACAGUCGACACUGUGAGUGUGUGUGAUUCUGUGAUUGAGGGUGAAAGAGUGGCAAUUAAAACAUGGUACUUAAUCUCACUUCAGUCCAGGAGAGUGUUUUACUAACAUGGAAUGGUGUGUGUGGGAUGCUUUAACCCUUACCACAGCCGACUCACUUCAGUUCACUUCAUUGUUGCAGCAAUUCAGCCUUUUUAUUUUGUAUUUAGUAUUUUUUUACCCCUUUUUCUCCUCAGUUAGUAGUUAGUCUUGUCCCAUUGCUACAACUCCCGUACGGACUCGGGAGAGGCGAGGUCGAGAGCCAUGCGUCCUCCGAAACACGACCCUGCCAAGCCGCACUGCUUGUUGACACACUACCCGCUUAACCCGGAAGCCAGCCGCACCAAUGUGUUGGAGGAAACACUGUACAACUGGCGACCGAAGUCGGCGUACCUGCGCCCGGCCCUCCACAGGAGUCGCUAGAGCGUGAUGGGACAAGGACAUCCCGGCCGGCAAAACCCUCCCCUAACCCGGACGACGCUGGGCCAAUUGUGCACCGCCUCAUGGGUCUCCCGGUCGCAGCCGGCUGCGACACAGCCUGGGAUCGAACCCGGGUCUGUAGUGACGCCUCUAGCACUGCGAUGCAGUGCCUUAGACCGCUGCGCCACUCGGGAGGCAAUUCUGACAUUUUGCAUGGCAAUAUGCAAUGAUUUUUAUAUUUUUUAUUUUUUUUAAAUGCGCUGACGAGGGAAAACGUUUGUUGACGUGUGGCUUGAUUGAGCCAUAUUAUGCGGUAAAUAUGCGGUAAUUGGUUGAAUUUGCGAGCCCUCUUUUUGUACUGCGGUGAUGGGUCAGUUUUAUGUGAUAAUAUUGCUAUGAUUUGACUGUUUAAUGUAGAACUAGUGCAGUGAUUGGUCAAAUUUGCAAGCCCUCGCAUAAUAUGCAGGGAAUUGUUGAUUUUGCAAAAUAAUUUGCGAUCACAGAAUCGCGGAAUCCUGGAGGGACUAAACUAACCCCGCGCACUGGAUCUGGUAACAGGUAACGUCUCCCUUCAACCCUGUGAGCCCAGCGGUUUGGACGUUUCUGAAGUGUUCUGGUUCCUCUCCUGCCUCUCCCUCAUCUAAACUCUAGAAGUGGUUCUGGUUUGAAAAGCAAAGCUGCUGACCCCGUUUCAGAACGUCAAAUUAAAGUUUCCUUUCUCUCUUCAACACAUUCCUCCCCCUUCCUUCUCCCCAGCCUCUGAGCCGUGCGCUAAGGCCCUGUAUGACUUUGAGCCGGAGAACGAGGGCGAGCUGGGCUUCUGCGAAGGCGACGUCAUCAUGCUGACCAACCGCAUCGACGAGAACUGGUUGGAGGGCACGAUCCGCGGCCAAUCAGGAUUCUUCCCCAACAACUACGUGGAAGUGGUGGUGCCCCUGUAA